AAAGAAAUGACGCACGAUUUGUAAUGACUAUCUAUAUAAUGUUCAAUAUCUCCUAGAAUUUGAAUUACAUAAAAUAAGUAUGAGUGGAUUAAGAUUUGAUGGAAAAGUAGUAGUUAUAACUGGAGCUGGUAAUGGUUUAGGCAAAGAAUAUGCUCUUUAUUAUGGAAAAAAGGGAGCAAAAGUAGUUGUAAAUGAUUUAGGUGGUUCAAUGAAAGGAACAGGUGCUUCAUCUUCAGCAGCAGAUAAAGUUGUUGAUGAAAUAAAGGCUGCAGGAGGAAUUGCAGUUGCAAAUUAUGACAGUGUUGAGUUUGGUGAAAAAAUAAUUGAAACUGCAAUAAAAACAUUUGGAAAAAUUGAUAUUUUAAUAAAUAAUGCAGGAAUCUUAAGAGAUGUUUCUUUUGAAAAAAUGAAAGAUGAAGAUUGGGAUUUAAUAUAUAAAGUAUUAUUUUUUAUGUAGAAAUUUAUAGGUUCAUCUUAAAGGUACAUAUGCAUGUACUAAAGCAGCAUGGCCAUAUAUGAGAGAAUAGAAAUAUGGAAGAAUAAUAAAUACAUCUUCAGCAUCAGGUGUAUAUGGUGUAUUUGGAUAGACAAAUUAUAGUUCAGCUAAAUUAGCAACACAUGGCUUUACUUUAGCACUUUCAAAAGAAGGAUAAAAAAGAAAUAUCUUUGUAAAUUCUAUUUGUCCUGUUGCUGCCAGUCGACUUACAGAAACUAUAAUGAGUAAGGAAAUUCUUUAAAGUCUUAAACCUGAGUAUAUAGUACCACUUGUAGCAUGGUUAUCUCAUGAAGAUUGCAAAGAAACAGGAUCUAUUUUUGAAUUAGGAGCUGGAUAUAUUUCAAAAUUAAGAUGGUAAAGAAACUAAGGAUAUUUUUUUGAUACUCCAUUUACUCCUGAAGAUGUUAAAAGUAAAUGGGAUGAAGUCUCGGGAUUUGGUAAUAAUGUUUAUUAUCCUUUGACUUCAACUGAAAUAUUUGAAAUAUUCUUUAACAAAGAAGAAUUUCUUAAAUAAUAAAAAGAUGAUAAAACUAAAUAAAUAAAUCCAUCAUAGAAUACUUAACCAACUAAUGUAACUUUAAAAGCUGAAAAAAUAUUCAAUUUGAUGAAAGCAUUUUUGGAUAGAGGAGAAGGAAAAGAAUUAAUUCCAAAAGUUUAAGGAGUUUUUAAUUUUGAAAUUAUUACCUAAAAAGGAGGUCCAGUUAUUAAAUCUUGGGUUAUUGAUUUAAAAAAUGGUUAAGGUUCAAUUAAAGAAGGAAAAGAAUCAGCUGAUGCUACAUUCAAUAUGGUUGAUGAUGAUUUUGAAAGAGUUUGUUAGGGUAAGUUGUAAGCUAAUGAAGCAUUCUUGAAAGGAUUAAUGAAAAUCAAAGGAAAUAUGAAAAAAGCGUAAAAAUAUAAGUUUAAUAUCUUUUUAGAACACUUUUUACACCAAGUUUAUUUCCUCCUCCAACCCCAGAAAACUUUGCCAAAUAUUCUCAAGCAAAAUUAUGAGAAAUAUAAUAAGUAUUAUUU